GCCUCAGUUCUGCAUUCACAGCACGAUGGUCGCCUUCAGAGGUCUGGUCUUCUUCGUCGCCUGCGUCGCGGCUGCGCUCGCCGAGGAAUCGGCGUGGGACGGCCUGAGAGUGCGCUGGUCGGUGCUCGGCCUCGCGGACAUCUUCCACCUGUCGGCGUUCUUCGACAUGCCCAAGACGGUGAGCGACGCGACGUCCGACGGCUGGGUGCCGGCCGUGGACUCAGGCGUCACCUCCAACGUGACCACCUACUGCAUGGAGAACGACCCGCGCGUCUGCAUGCUCUACGACGCCAACGGCGUCGCCGCCGGAAUCGACGUCAGCGUGGUCGUCGACGACGUGGCCAACCUGGGCGUGGACUACGACUGGACCUCGCAGGAGCUGUACGUCGAGAUGGAGCGCUUCGGCGUCCCCAUCUACAGGACUCGCGUCUACUGGGUCCCCGAAGAUGUGGUGACCAAGGGCCGCAGCACCUGGAAGAACGGACUGGGCAGCGGUCUGUGGUUCGAAGGCAAGAACGGCCGCAUCGAGAUCCCCAUCGAGCAGUCGCAGAUCGAAAGUGAGACGCUGUACACGGAGCAGGCGUGCAUCCCCACCAUGGGUGAGUUCCCCCACCUGUACACGGAGCAGGCGUGCAUCCCCACCAUGGGCAUCCACUACUACCACAACAUGACGGAGAGCGCCGACUGCUCGCAGUUCCACCCCUACUUCCUGCUGGUGGGCAAGGACUCCGGCAAGGUGCACGGCGUGGGCUUCCAGGCGUUCGGCAAGGCCAGCAAGACCAACAGGGAAUGGUUCGAGGACAUCCCAGCUGCCGCCAUCAAGCCGACGGUACCACACUCCCCAGAUUGUCUGGUUGAGUGGGUGGAGCAAUAUGGCGUCAUCUCCCUGCACAUCUACUUCAGGGACAACGAGCUGACCAUAUUCUGUUAGAAUAGUGCGCUUUUUGGAAAAGAAACUAAUAAAUAACAACUCUGACCAUGCA